CGCUUUCAUCAGAACGCUUCCGAACAUCAUUCUCGAUUAAGAGGUUGGGAAUGGAUCGGAUGAUGGGCCCUCGCAAUAAAAUGGAAGCUCUCUGUCUUGUGUGUGGGGAUAAAGCAUCGGGACGACAUUACGGCGUGUCUUCGUGCGACGGAUGCAGAGGCUUCUUCAAGCGAAGCAUUCGCAGGAAUUUGGACUACCUGUGCAAAGAAUCGAACCAAUGUGUCGUCGAUGUUAGCCGUCGCAAUCAGUGCCAGGCGUGCCGCUUUCGCCGCUGCCUCGAAGUCAAAAUGAAACGAGAUGCCGUUCAACACGAACGAGCUCCCCGUGGCGCCCUCAAGAGAUCCUUUCAGCCAGAGACCGACACGAUACAAACGCACGUCACGCCGAUGAUGUCGUUAAACCAUCCGCCACCGUUAACAUCGCUAAACGCUGCCUAUCCGUUCUAUGCUGGAAAUUUGGCAUUUCCUUGGCGUCCAGUUCUCGGCCUACACCACGUCCCGAGCCAUUUCGCACUGAACUUCCUGGCGCCUCCACCGCUACCUCUGGCGUCCGAUGGUCAGCCUCUUACCAAUCGAGUCAAAGAAGAUGAAGUCAGCAGUUCAGCGGCUGAAGAACAAUCGGUUUACAAACGGAGCGAUUUGCCGGCUGCUAGUUAUAAGACGUCCAUUGCUACAAGGACGUCACCGGUUGCCGUGGCAACAGACCCAGUCAAUCAGUUGAACACGUCACAGUAUUACCUGACAACUCGAGAUGCUAAUAACGAUGACGUUAAUGAAGCUGCUUCCCGUCUACUCUUCCUGGCAGUUCGAUGGGCACGAUCCAUCCCCUCCUUUUCUCAUCUGUCUUACCGGGACCAAUGUCUUUUGCUAGAGGAAGCCUGGUGUGAACUGUUCAUUUUAACGGUAGCUCAAUGGGGACUCAACCUUGAAGAAGCAGUCAAUACGGUGAGGAGUUGUCCGGAAAUGACGAACGAGCGUCACGAGCUUCUACUCGAAGAUCUGCGACAUUUGCACCAAGUGAUUGGACGCAUUCAUCUGUUACGGCUGGAUCACACUGAAUUCGCCUGUUUAAAGGCCCUGAUUCUUUUUAAACCUGAAACUGUAGGACUACGCGACAGUUUGACGAUCGAGAUUUUGCAAGAUCAAACGCAAGUCAUGCUGCACGAGUAUUGCUCGUCGUCGAGCGUUCAGCAUUCGCACGACGUGUCCAACAUGGUGCGAAAUCAUCGUCCCUCUGCCGUCGGUCGUUUUGGCAAAUUGCUGUUGCUCCUGCCAGCUGUCAAGGCCGUCCAAAGCGCCAACGUUGUCGAUCUCUUCUUUCGCAAAUUAAUUGGCGAAACACCCAUCUCUCGCCUAUUAGCAGACUGUACCCUGUAAUGCUUUAUGCGAGCUACAUGUGUGUGUUUUUGUUUUGUCCCAAUUGCAGUAGUAGGCUCAUUAAUCACUGUCGAAUCUAAAUAUA